GUUUGUUCUGUUUGGCUUGGAGUGAAGACUAGAAUAAGGAAUUGCCACAUAACUACUGAAGUCAAGUCAGCACAAAGUAUGGUUCUACCCGUCAUGUUCUGGCUCAUAAAUAUUUAAUGGGUAUGGAAUAAUGUUAAAUAGAAGUGUCCCAAUUUUCUUAGAUAAAUCUUUGCUGCAUCACUUGUAUUUUCAGUUUCAGUUGGACCUAUAGAUUGUGUUAUGCUAAAUGCAUGGAAUUGAAUUGUAUAUACAAUGCUUAUUUGAAUUUCUACCAAAUUAUAUCUUAUACUGACAUCAGUGCUACUACUCAAGGAUUCUGUUGUAAAUGACUUGUGGAGAACUGCAGAUUCAGAUGGUUGGAGAGCAUCUUCUGCACCACGCACCUAUUGGCCUCCCCCACCAACUGAAUCUGAGAGCAAUGGGUACUUGCGUGUCCGGUGCAAUGGUGGCUUGACCCAACAGCGCAGUGCUGUAUGAUUAAUAUAAGAAACUUUUUCUCUAAAAUAUGUAAUGCUGUUGUUGCAGCACGAAUCUUGAAUGCUACACUAGUGCUGCCAGAGUUAGACGCAAAUUCAUUCUGGGAUGAUGAGAGUGGUUUUGUAGAUAUAUAUGAUGUUCCCCACUUCAUCAAGACAUUGAAAUAUGAUGUUCGAAUUGUUAUGAGCGUUCCAAAAAUAACUGCACAAGGAAAGACCAAGAAGCUCAGAGCAUAUAAGAUUGACCCACCUAGAGAUGCACCAGUUACUUGGUACAGAACAACCGCGCUGGAGAAGAUAAGGAAGUAUGGUGCGAUAUAUUUAACUCCAUUUUCGCACCGUUUGGCAGAAAAAAUUGAUGAUCCAGAGCUCCAGAGAUUGAGAUGCAGGGUGAAUUAUCAUGCACUACGAUUUAAGGCAAAUAUCAUGAAAACAAGCAGUGAUAUAGCAAAUAAGCUCCGUUCAGAAGGCCAUUUCAUGUCAAUUCAUCUUCGGUUUGAGCUGGAUAUGCUUGCAUAUGCCGGGUGCUUCGACAUAUUCACACCUAAAGAACAGGAAAUCCUGUUGAAGUAUCGUAAAGAACAUUUUCCAGAAAAGAUAUUAGUCCCCAGGGAAAGAAGGCUUAUUGGAAAGUGCCCUUUAACUCCAGAAGAGGUAGGUCUUAUUCUACGUGCUAUGGGAUUUGAUAACACAACAUGGAUUUACCUUGCUUCUGGCAAGAUCUUUGGUGGAAAACGAUUCAUGAAGCCAUUCAGGGCUAUGUUUCCACGUCUAGAAAACCAUAGUAUGGUCGGAACUGGAAAGCUGGAAGAAAAUGCCCGAGGGCUAGCGGGGUCAGCAGUUGAUUACAUGGUCUGUCUCCUGUCAGACAUUUUUAUACCCACAUAUGAUGGCCCGAGCAACUUUGCAAACAAUCUCAUGGGCCAUCGCCUAUACUAUGGUUUCCAAACCACAAUCACACCAAACAGGAUGGCCCUUGCUCCGAUAUUCAUGGAUAGGGAGGAAGGUCAUGCAUCUGGAUUUGAGAAGAGGGUCAGGCAGGUCAUGUUCAACACCUAUUUUGGCGCCCCCCACAAGCGCAUCCAUCCAGAGUCUUUCUACACAAAUUCAUGGCCGGAGUGCUUCUGCCAGACAAAAGCUAGGAAUCAUGCUGACCAUUGCCCACCCGACAAUGUAAAUGAUGUCCUUGAAAGUCAGUUUCAGAAUAAAGAAGAUAUAGGAGUGGAAGCUAAUAAUCAAACUGACUUCACCAGCCAAACCGAAGAGUUGGCUGGUGGACAUGAGUUGUCUUGAUGAUGAGCAGAAAGCAUAUGUGAGUGCAAUGUAUAAGGAAAUUUCGGUAGCAUGGAUAGCUGGGUUUGGGGGUGGGGCCUUGGGUGACAGUGGAAGUGUAUGAUGAAGCUUGAGGUAAGGUUUUGUUCACUCGCAAUUGUUGUUUUUACAUGCUAGUAGUAUUUUUUCCAUCAGUAUGAGCUUGUUUUCAUAAGUUGCAUUUAGACUUGUAUGGAUUGAUGACUGCUUGAAACAAGGUUGGAUAGCAUAUUUAUCCUGUAUGUUUCUAGACAUGUAUCAGUAGUCCUUUUCUCUUCUUUUCUGCACCUGUAAGUUUAUGGACCUGAAUACUAUCCUAGUAUUAGCAAUGGGGCACAUUUUAACAUGAAUAUUACUGCUAGAUGGGAAAAGGACUAGGAUAUUAUUUUGAAUAUUCAAUGUUCCAGUCAUUACAUUGACCAUGACCUCAGAUGUUAAUUAUUUAUUUUGCUGAUAAGCAUGUACAGAACAUAACCUGGUGCUUGUAGGAGGCUGCCAGGUUCAAGGUUGCACCAUGAUCUCAGAUAGUGUCUCAGUGACUACACCAAGUUUGAUAACUUCUCAAAGUGGCUCGGAGUGAGAUUGUGAGCGUGUGUAAUUUAGUUGAGUUUUGAUUUAUGUUGUUUAUAUCAGGCUGCUUGUUCAGCUAUAUCAUACAAUGACGGCACUUUAGAAUCACAGCAAAGUCGUUAAUGUUGGGUUGAUGGUUCAUUGACUGAUCAGCUGAUAGACUGAUUGUAAUGGGGAGACACGACACACAUAUGCAAUUAGAUAAUCCCUGUACUUCAGAUAAUGCAUGAGAACAUGAAUGAUGAGUCGAUGUUCCUUGCCUUGCAUAA